UUCAACCAUUAAAAAAGAAUGACAGGUUAGCGAUGUGAAUGAUAUAGCCAACUUCCACAGAACUUUUGUAUUCCAAAUUUCUGCCAAUUUGGAUAAACUCUUGUAAUCACUCACCCGUUCAGGACAUGCAAACGCUUCUAGUUGCCUAUAAAUUUGGGACUUAAAGACUCAUUCUCUCUCUCUCUCUCUCUCUCUCUCUCUCUCUCUCUCUCUCUCUCUCACAUGCACACACAUAGCUAGAGAGAGACAGCCAUGUAUUCCAUCUCUUCUUCUCCGGCAAACACUAUGUGGCCCCAAAACGUAGAAAUAAAGAACGGACCACCGAUAGCUCGGCCACGGAGCUUCCACAGACCCCCUUUCAAGGUUGUGUUUCAAUCCCCCCAAAAAGGAAAAUUAAUACCACCCUCUUCACUCUCUCGCUCAACUGGUUCUCCCCAGUGCAGCUCAACCGUCCCAGAAAAACCCACAAAUCCGACAAACGCUUUAGUCUCUUUCCUUACCACUUUAGCCAAUAAGCUGAUCACCAGCCCGCCACUCCACCCCUCCGUUGACCCCGAAUUCGUGCUGACCGGGAACUUCUCCCCGGUCGACGAAAUGCCUCCCACGGAGUGCUUGGUGGUGGAGGGAGAGCUCCCGCGCUCCCUCAACGGGGUUUACAUCCGUAACGGCCCGAACCCUCAACAUCAACCUCGAGGGCCUUACCACCUCUUUGAAGGUGACGGCAUGCUCCAUUCAAUUUUGUUGUCCCAAGGCCGUGCCACUUUCGGUAGUCGGUAUGUCAAGACUUACAAAUAUAAGCUUGAGCGCGACACCGGUUCUCCUAUGAUACCAAAUUUCUUCUCGGGUUUUUACGGCCUCCGCGACCUUUGUCCUGGAGUCGUCGCCCUCGGAAGGGCUAUGACGGGCCAAAUAAGUCUAACGCAAGGCAUGGGUGUGGCCAAUACGAGUUUGAACUUUUUCUGCAAUACCCUUUUUGCCAUGGUCGAAAACGAUCUUCCAUACGCGAUUAGAAUAACCCGAGAAGGCGAUAUCGAGACGAUAGGGAGACAUGAUUUUGACGGGAGGGCGCCGGUGAACAUGACUGCUCAUCCCAAGAUGGAUGAAGAAACCGGGGAAGUGUUCGCGUUUCGAUGCUUCCCCGUAGUCCCUUACUUGACGUACUUUCGAUUCGAUUCCAAUGGCCAUAAGGAAAAGGAUGUUCCCAUAUUUUCCAUUAAUAGCCCAACUUUUGUCCAUGAUUUUGGGAUCACUGAGCAUUAUGCAAUAUUUCCGGAUACUGCUUUGGAGAUGGCUCCGAUGAAAAUGAUCGCGUUACGGGGUAUGCCAGUGAGGUGUCGGCCCUCCAAGGUGCCUCGUAUCGGAAUCAUUAACCGGUAUGCGACCUCCGAUUCGGAAAUGAGAUGGUUCGAAGUGCCUGGGUUUAAUGCUUUGCACAUCAUCAAGGCAUGGGAAGAUGAUCAAAGCGGCAUCACCAUUGUCGCAACCAAUAUGUUAAAGAUUGAGAACUUCUUCCACAACUUGGACAAAGUUCACUUCUCUUUGGAAAAACUAAGGAUUGACAUGAAAACAGGCGAAAUUGCAAGGACAGUUCUCUCGGAGAGAAGUCUAGAAUUCGGAUCCACCAACCCUUCAUAUGCUGGCAAAAAGAACCGGUACGUUUACAUGGCGGUAGGUCCACAGGGUCCGAAGAUGUCAGGUGUGGUGAAGAUUGACCUCGAAUUGGGAUGUGAAGUCGCGUUCCGGAGCUAUGGAGACGGUUGCUUUGGAGGGGAGGUAAUGUUCGCUAGGAGGGACGCCGGCGAUGAGGAGGAGCGUGACGAAGAUGAUGGUUUUGUGGUAUCGUAUGUGCACAACGAGAGAGAAAACGAGACACGGUUUGUGGUGAUGGAUGCUAAGUCUCCAACACUUGACAUUGUGGCAGCAGUGAAGUUACCUGGAAGAGUGCCGUAUGGUAUUCAUGGGAUAUUCUUGGAAGAAAAAGAGCUUCAAAUGAUGUAGGUUUUACAGUCAUUCCGAACGCUAGCUCUUCUGAUUAAAUUGGGUUUGUUGAAAGUGUUCAAAAAAACUUGUUUAAUUAGUUGAGGAUUUUAGAUUUUGUUUUGGAAAGGAGUCCGAAAUUAACAAGAUGUUUUAAUGUCCAAAAAAACCUUAUUGUGAAAAGGGAUAAGCUAGAAAAUAUACGUGUGAUAUAUUUGUUU